AUGGAGAGCAAAAGCGUCAGGAACACGGGGGUGUUGAGCGGUGUGUACAAAACGGCAGUCUCGGGCUCCGGCAAGCCCGUCCCUCCAUCCCCGCUGCACGGCAUCCAGCAUCAGGGGCUCCAGCCCACCUUUGGCUUCACCGUCAGCUGGAUACUCACUGAAUCCACCGCAGUCUUUGUGGGCCAGUGUUUGGUGGAUAACAGCGGAAAAGAUUACUUGAAGACAACCUGGCUGUUGCGUGAGAAGGUUGGAUCCGCGGCAAAGGAUUGGGGGGCGACCCGCAUUGCCAAGGACACCUUCUACCGCACCUAG